AUGGCGGAUUCGAGUGCCGAACCGGCGGGUGGUUCUACGGGGUCCGUGGCUCCUGAUGCGAGCGUUACCCAGAUUCAGCCGAUCCGGAUGCCAACCAUAGAGGAGAUCCGAGCUCAAGAGGUCUGGAACAACUGCGCCAUUAAGAGUGUUUUUAGUGGAGUUAUGGGAGGAGGGCUUGGAUUGAUGAUGGGAAUGUUCAUCGGAGCACUUGAUAAUCCUAUAAUGCACGACACCAUGACUGCUAGGCAGCAGUUUAUGUUCACGGCAAGACAAAUGGGUUCAAGGAGUUGGGGUUCUUGCAAGACCUUUGCGGUUAUGGGUUUGGUUUUCUCUGCAGCUGAAUGCAUCGUCGAGAAGGCAAGAGCGAAGCAUGACGUAACCAACUCCGCUAUUGCUGGAUGUGUUACCGGUGGUUCUAUGGCUGCCAGAGGUGGACCAAAAGCUGCGUGUAUAGGUUGCGCUGGCUUUGCUACGUUCUCUGUAGCCAUAGAGAAGUUCUUAGACGGCCGUUUCUAA